CGACGCAAAAGCCUAUUUGAACAAGAAAUUUUUUUCAUGGCAACAGUCUGUAUCUUUCAAACCGAGUCGAUUCGUAAAAAAUGGUAAAGGAAAAAAUUGUUUCUUUCGACCUCAAGAAUCUACUGUUUGAAUAAUUUUCCAACUUCUUCCAAAAUAAUUGAAACAGCCCAGUAAACCACACCAUGAAAAAUUCAUUACUUUUUCAGUAAAUUGAGAUGAUUCAAUUCAAUUCAGCGUUUUGAAAAUUCGGUCUUCCAACAACAAUCAUCCGGAUUGUUGCAUCAAUUAAAUAAAAGUUAAUUUUAUUCUGUGUCCCAUACUAAUCUUGAAUUUUUUUUCCAGAAUUUGGUACAGCCACCAGCUUGGCACACACCCCAGUUUUUACAGCCACCGGUUCUCCAACCUACCCAGAAUUUUCAUCAGAAUGUUUCUCAUCAAGUUGCCAGUCCUCGUUACAGUAAUGUGCCUCAAAGCCAUUAUGAGGUGAACGGGACAACUUAUUACGGCCAGCCAAGUGCCAGUGCCAACAUUCAUAUGGCUUCGGCGAACAAGCAGCAAAGAAGACCUUUAUUGCCCGAAGCAAGUGACAAGGAUGAGAAGAGGAUCAGGAGGCACCACAACGAUAGUCAACGUGGGCAUUCAAGUUUUUACGAAAAACAAUCCGAAAUUGGCUCAUCGAGGUGUCCCCAGCAGAGGCCUAAUAAGAAGAAAUGUAAAAAGCCGUUCCCCAACGUUUACAAACCGAUUCCUUCGGCAAGGGACGAAACACCAUCACAAGAUUGUAGCGAAAAUAGAACAGGUGCCAGAGGAAGGAAUAACCCCCAUAGGAUGGAAGCCGCUGUUUCGCCAGUGUUCAGAUUGACCGAAGAAAAACUGUACGACCUCCUCAUCCAGUACACCGUAGCUCCGAAGGAUCUCUUUUCCAAUGGUUUUCCACAGGUGGAUAAGGUUAAGAACCAAGCCCGCCUGUACAAACAUUGUAUCGGAAAACCUUUCAGGAUGCCGAAGAGAUUGGCUGGUAUUGAGGAGGAUUUUGAUCGGAAUUCACCGACAGCAGUUGAGAGGACCUGCGUUAGGUGUAACGAUCAGUUCUUCGUCAACGAACACGGUUACUUGACGAAACAGCAGUGCUUCUACCACUGGAGGAAAAUAUCGUACUGCCGCCAUACAUGUUGCGAAAUACUCCGGGAUCCAAAGGUUGCACUUCAUCAAAACACCACGUAUGGAAUGGUACAGUGGCCGGGAUCAACGAGCCCCUGCAAGGUUUCGUGAGCACAAAACGCAGCGAAAAAGUAAAACGGGAGGUUUUCGCUGUAGACUGCGAAAUGUGCUACACCGUGCGAGGCUUGGAACAUUGCAGGGUAACCGUUUUGGGUUUUGAUGGUGCCACAGUGUUCGAUUAUUUUGUGCAACCGGAGGAAGAAGUUGUGGACUACAAUACUAGAUUUUCCGGAGUGACCGAAAGUGA